UGAUGUGAUCUGGCUGAAAUGUUUUCCUUGUUGGCUAAUUUGGCUGAGAUGAGCAGCAAAUCAAAUGACGACGUCUCUUCUAAUUUUCUUGUCAGCGACAAACUUAUGAACAAGCAGAAAUAUGCCCUGAAAUCUAUUUGACUAUGUUAAUGUAAUGUAAAAUACAAUUAAAACUUAAAAACAUGAUAUAGUAUAGUAGUUAAGAAUCUAACUACAUGUUCCUAUAACCACCAUUGGUUUUUCUAUAGCAUCCAUUUACUUGUUGCUGAAAGAUCGGAGAUUUCUUGAUGCAAACAUAUGCUUAUUGGUUUUAUUUUUCUUCACAUACUAUUAUUAUCCAAUUUCUGCCAAAACGCAUGCAAUAAUUCUCUUCUUCUCAACUCUAUUGGUAAUGUAUUGUUUUCUCUUUCACUUCUUAUUCGAGUUUUAAUUUCAACCAAUAUUGUAUUUGUCCUGCUAUUGGCAAACAAAUCUAACGAGUGAUUAUUAUAUAAAAUCCCAUUUUUUGCUGUUGGAUUUUCAUCCCUAUUAGCGAGCUCUAUGACCAACACAAAGACCCAUUAAUCUUCCAAAAAGUUGAUGGGUUUUUGUGGACUAUCCAAAUUGAUCUCUAUUUACACCCUGGUAUACAUUUUCGUUUCUUAAUUCUCUUUGUUUAAUCGAUUCUUGUUAUGAAAAUCUUUUAAUAUUGUUUCUACAGGAAUUGUGUUUGAAUUGAUUUUUCAAGGUGGGAUUUUUAUUCUUUGUCUUGAUCUAAAGGGAAUUGAUCAAAGUUUAUAUAUUUUUUAAAAGAACUAGGUGGGUAUAGUGAAGAAAAAAUAGAUAUUCAGAUCCCAUUUCUGAGAAAGUUGCUUCAUUUUAGGUAUUGGGUUGUUAAGAUUGGAGUUAAAAUGAGGAAAGUUGUAAUCUUUCCUAUUAAAGUGUGUUAUAGGACAGUUUGGAAUCAUCCAUUCCUUGUGGGUAUGUUGUGUUUCUUGGCAUUUCUGUACAGAUCAUUUCCUUUUGUGUUUUCAAUCUUGGUGUCUGUCUCCCCUAUUCUUGUCUGCACUACUGCACUGCUUGGAACUUUACUAAGUUAUGCUCAGCCUAAUAUACCUGAAUUUGAAUGGGAAGAAAACACAACUGAUCAUAUAGUGCCUUUGGAAACACGAGAUGCUAUUCCUGUUGAGAGUGAUAAUAGUUGUUACUUCACCGAGAGAUAUAGUGAUCAAGAAAGGGAUAAAGUAGACCAAUCAACGCAUAGCGAGGUUCAUAGGGGUAAAAGAUUUGGUGAUCAUUCUGCUCUAAUUGGUGGGCAAGUGGCAAGGGAGUUUUAUGAGCAUAAGAAUGAAGACAAAUUUAGUGAUGCUGAACUUAUGGAGAACCAGUAUUCUCCCACUUCGAAGGUUGAUGAUGAGAGCGUUGAGUUUGAUAAUGACAAAUCAGUUGAUUCUAGGAGGGUUAAUCUUGAUUCUCCUCUUGGUUCACCUUGGAAACAUAGGGAGGAGGCCUUAUAUUCAGGGUCUGAUGGAGCAGAGAGCUCCUCUCCGGAUGCUUCAAUAGCUGAUAUUAUGCCAAUGCUUGAUGAGCUCCAUCCACUUUUAGAUGAAGACAAUCCUCAACUUGUCGGUUUGUCACAUGAUGUAUCUCAUGCCCAUUCAGAAAGUUCUACCAAGUCCUCCGAGAGUGAUGAUGAUGUUUCUGAAGACCAGGAAGAAGUAGAAGUUGCAGAUGAUGAAGAAGAAGAAGAAACACGAGAUACAGAAGGUCUAAAGUCUGCUAUUACAUGGACGGAGGAGGAUCAGAGAAAUCUGAUGGACUUGGGAACCUCCGAGCUAGAAAGGAAUCAACGAUUGGAGAGUCUUAUUGCAAGGAGAAGAUCACGAAAGAACAUGAGUUUUACAGAUGAAAAGAGUUUAAUAGACUUGGUAACUGCUGAUUUCAUGCCUCCCAUUUCAACAGCAAGACAGAACCCUUUUGAUCUUCCUAAUGAUAACUAUGGCCCUGGACUCCCUCCUAUCCCUGGAUCUGCUCCAUCUAUUUUGUUGCCAAGGUAUAGGCGGAACCCAUUUGAUCUUCCUUAUGACCCAAGUGAAGAAAAAUCUGAUUUUACAGGAGACACUUUCGAACAAGAGAUUAUCACAUCUCAACCAAAAGAGACAUUUUUUAGGAGGCAUGAAAGUUUUAAUGUUGGGCCCUCAAUCUUUGGGUUGAACAAGAAAGAUACACGUUUUAGACCUUAUUUUGUUCCUGAUAUGAUGGCUGCUGAAGGAACAAGUUAUUCACCAUUUCAAAGGCACCCCAACGAUCUCAGUGAUUCCAAAGUAAGUUCUGUUCUUGAAACAGAGUCACAGGGCUCAAUUGAAGAUCUUGAAUACAAGAACCUCACUGAAGAAGAUGUAGAAGACAAGAACCGAAAUGAAGACAAAAACCUCACAGAUGAACAUAUCUUCAAGGAGCCAGAGCUGAUAUCCAAGAUAGAGCAUGCUACCGAGGAUAUUGGGCAUGGAAGCCAAUCCUCCGAAGAAGUAGAAUGUUUGAUCCUAGGUGCAUCUGAUAAAAGAGAUAUUGAACUCGAUGACACUGAUCUAAAUAUGGAAAAUCAUCAUGAAGUGGUACCAAUUGUGUUCCAUGAAGAAACAACAACCAUUUCCAUGGAACUUAAUCCAUCUAAAAUUUGUUCAAAAUCAGCAACUUCUGAACAAAAAUGCAGUAGUCAGUCAAGUUCUUCGUCAUCAUCAGAAGUAGGUGAAAGGAUCUUUCCUGACAAAGUAGUAGUGAGAUUAAGUUCAGAGGAAGCGAUGUGUCAUGUUGAAACCAUCUCUGAGAAUAAUGUGUCAGAUCUGAACAUCACAAGGAGUUCAGUGGAGGAGACUUCACAUUUGGAACCUAUUUAUGAUGCCAGUCCUCCUUCCAUUAAGAAAAAUACUUCUUCCUCCUCAAUUGCUUCAGAUAUGCUUCUAGAAUCUGCCCCUGAGAUGGAAAAUAAUCAAGACACUGAGAAGUCCAUUUCACAAAUAUUUUCAUCAGCAGAUUCCCAAGAAUUAAGGCUGAGGGAGGCUAUAACUGACAAAAAUGAGCUUCAUGUCGCAAAGUUGGAGAUAUCAAAACAUGAUGAAGUCUUUGGCAGUCCAAGUGCUCCUCCAGUGCUUGUAGCAGAUAGUCAGGCAUCUAGUGAUUCGAAAUCGCCUACAAAAGAGGCACCUGUUUCAAUGGAGAAAGAAAGGACCACAGAAAGCUUAAAUAUGUCAAAAGAUCAAGAAGUUCCUCCUGAGUCUGUUCUUAAGCCAUCUAAUGCUAAGAUGGCAACUGAAGAAUCAGAGAGUUUGAAAAAUAUACCAAUUCAUAAGGUAUCAAGUUUGAAAGACCAUGAGAUGGGACUACCAACUCUUGAACCAAGACCAACAAGAGACAUUGAUUUGAUUAAUAAGCAGACCCUUGAAGAGAAUGUUAACAGACACGUCCUUCAUGAUUCAAUUGAUGGUGAUGUGCAUGUUAGAGAAUCCAAAGGAAAUGAAGCUUAUCUACAUUCACAGAAUAUGGGGACAGACUCAGCUAUGAAACAAGUCAUGAAAAAUGAUAUAGAUAAACCAAACACGAGCCUUCAACAACAAUUAAAAACCGAAUCAAGUCUCCAAAAAAUUGUUGUAUCUGAAAGAAGUGAAGCUGAUGCAGGCAAAAUAGAUCAAGAAGAUAAGGUAACUACCACCGAAAAGCCAAAUCAUGCAGUUGAGUUGCCUCAAGAGACAGGUGUAGUUUCUGGUGGUGUUAUAGGCAAGAAAGAAAACCACACAAUUCAGGCUCAAGUUCAAGUUCCAGUGACUUCAAAAGAAAAUUGAAAGAACAUGAGGUAUCUUUUCUGAAACAAUUUUUUUCUUUGUUAGUAGAUGAAUUAAUUAAUAGAUGUUCAAGUUGGUCUCGUUCAUGUUUAGGAUAUGGGUAGUUAGUAUUCUUUUUUUUUUCUUACUUGGUUGUGCAUUUGUCAGAGCGACGAGUGAACUGCUUAUUCUUCAAGAAUAACUUGUAUUUGAUUUCUUGAAGAAUUUUUCUUAGCAGUUGUGGAGAUAAACAAUGUACUUUUGGCAUGUAAAACUUGCUCCUUAGGUGUGUUCCUAUGUAAAAUAAUAUCGAGGCAGUUGUAUUUUUUUUAACCUCCCCCUA